AAUAGAUUGACGAUUACGCCUAAUUCUAGGGUUUUGAAAAGCCCUCUCACUGAAGAAGUCUUGUGGAAGCGGCUCAAGGAUGCUGGGUUUGAUGAACAAUCGAUCAAGAAUAGGGAUAAAGCCGCCUUAAUUGCUUACAUCGCCAAGCUGGAAUCUGAGGUUUAUGAUUACCAACACAACAUGGGUCUUCUCCUUCUGGAGAAAAACGAAUUGUCUUCGAAGUAUGAAGAGAUUAAGGCCUCUGUGGAUGAGUCUGAUCUAACACAUAGGCGAGAGCAAUCGGCUUAUGUCUCAGCUCUAGCUGAAGCAAAGAAACGAGAAGAGAGUUUGAAGAAGGAUGUAGGGAUUGCGAAAGAGUGCAUUUCUAGUCUGGAGAAGACUCUGCAUGAGAUGCGCGCAGAAUGUGCCGAAACAAAAGUUUCUGCUGGGAGUACAUUGUCGGAAGCACAUGUUAUGAUUGAGGAUGCGCUAAAGAAACAUGCAGAUGCUGAAGCAAAAAUGCGCGCAGCUGAAGCUUUACAAGCAGAAGCCAACCGUUAUCAUCGAAUUGCAGAGAGAAAGUUGAAAGAAGUUGAAAGUCGUGAAGAUGAUCUUACUCGGCGUCUUGCAUCUUUCAAGUCUGAGUCUGAAACGAAAGAGAACGAGAUGGUUAUUGAGCGACAGACUUUAAAUGAGAGGCGGAAGAGCUUGCAGCAAGAGCAAGAAAGGUUAUUGGAUGCACAAGUUUCACUAAAUCAAAGAGAAGAUCACAUUUUUGCUAGAUCCCAAGAAUUAGCUGAACUUGAAAAGGGGUUAGAUACUGCAAAGACCACAUUUGAGGAAGAACGUAAAGCCUUCGAAGUAAAAAAAUCCAACUUGGAGAUUGCAUUAGCCUUGCGUGCUAAAAGAGAAGAGGCUGUCUCUGAAAGGGAAUCUUCGCUACUUAAGAAGGAGCAAGAGCUGCUUGUUGCUGAAGAAAAAAUUGCCAGCAAGGAAUCUGAACUAAUUCAGAACGUCUUAGCGAAUCAAGAAGUUAUCCUGAGGACAAGAAAAUCCGAUGUGGAAGCUGAAUUGGAAUGUAAGAGCAAAUCGGUGGAAGUUGAAAUUGAGAGCAAGAGACGGGCUUGGGAAUUAAGGGAGGUUGAUAUCAAGCAGAGGGAAGACCUAGUUGGUGAAAAGGAACAUGACUUGGAAGUUCAAUCAAGAGCAUUGGCAGAGAAAGAAAAGGAUAUAACAGAGAAGUCUUAUAACCUUGAAGAGAAAGAGAAAAAUUUGAUUGCUACAGAGAAAGAUAUUAACCUUAAGACAACUCUGCUGGAGAGUGAGAAGGAACGGCUUAGAAAAUUGGACCUGGAGCUACAGCAGUCUUUGAUAUCAUUAGAAGACAAGAGAAAACGGGUUGAUUCUGCAACACAAAAACUUGAAGCCUUGAAGAGCGAGACAAGCGAAUUAUCUACUCUGGAGAUGAAACUUAAAGAGGAGUUAGAUGAUUUGAGGGCCCAAAAGCUUGAAAUGCUGGCUGAAGCAGAUAGAUUGAAGGUGGAGAAAGCUAAAUUUGAGGCUGAGUGGGAACACAUUGAUGUAAAGAGGGAAGAGUUGAGAAAAGAAGCAGAAUAUAUAACUCGUCAAAGAGAGGCUUUUUCAAUGUAUCUCAAGGACGAGCGUGAUAACAUCAAAGAGGAAAGAGAUGCACUGAGAAAUCAGCACAAAAACGAUGUGGAGUCGCUAAACCGAGAGCGUGAAGAAUUCAUGAAUAAGAUGGUGGAAGAGCAUUCUGAAUGGCUUAGCAAGAUACAGCGUGAGCGUGCUGACUUCUUGUUGGGCAUUGAGAUGCAGAAACGAGAGUUGGAGUAUUGCAUCGAAAACAAACGAGAAGAAUUGGAAAAUUCGUCGAGGGAUAGAGAGAAGGCUUUUGAGCAAGAGAAGAAGAUGGAAGAGGAGCGUAUACAGUCGCUUAAGGAAAUGGCAGAGAAAGAGUUAGAACAUGUCCAAGUGGAACUAAAGAGGUUGGAUGCUGAGAGGUUGGAGAUCAAAUUGGAUCGUGAAAGAAGAGAGAGGGAGUGGGCAGAGUUAAAGGAUUCGGUUGAGGAGCUAAAGGUGCAACGAGAAAAACUAGAGACGCAAAGGCAUAUGCUUCGAGCUGAAAGAGAUGAAAUCCGACAUGAGAUUGAAGAACUGAAGAAACUAGAGAAUCUGAAAGUUGCAUUAGAUGAUAUGUCCAUGGCUAAAAUGCAGCUGUCCAAUUUAGAGCGUAGCUGGGAAAAGGUCUCUGCUUUGAAGCAGAAGGUUGUAUCUCGGGAUGAUGAACUAGACUUGCAAAAUGGAGUCAGCACUGUGAGUAAUAGCGAAGAUGGCUACAACUCUUCUAUGGAAAGACAGAACGGCUUAACCCCUUCAUCUGCCACUCCAUUUUCGUGGAUAAAACGAUACACUACUAAUCUGAUAUUCAAGACUUCUCCAGAGAUAUCCCCCCUAACGCAUCAUCAUGAAGAAGAAGGAGGAUUGCCUUCAGAAAAGUUGAAGCGAGAAUCGUCGAAAAGAGAAGAAAAGGCUUACACUGAGGGGCUGUCUAUUGCGGUUGAAAGACUUGAAGCAGGAAGGAAAAGAAGAGGUAACACAUCUGGAGAUGACACUAGCGAACCAAGCAAUAACAAAAAGAUGAAACAUGAUGUUACCCAAAAAUAUUCUGAUGAAGCUGAUACACAGAGUGUCAUAUCAAGCCCUCAAAACGUGCCUGAGGACAAACAUGAACUACCAUCAAGCCAUACCCAGACGCCAAGUGGUAUGGUAGUCAUCAGUGAAACCGUUAAGAUCACAACAGUAACGUGUGAGACAGAGGUCACUAACAAAGUCACAACCCUUGAGUGCUCAGAAAGUCCUUCUGAAGCAGGGAGAAAGAUGGGAGAGGAGACACAAGAUGAAACUGUUAUGAAUCCUUUUGGGGAUUGGUUUCUAGAGAAGAUAAGGAUUCGCCACUCUCCUUCUCCCGUCUCUUCCAAUUUCAUCAUCAGUGAAGUUUCCCCUAACAGAUGCGACGCCGUUUCUUCCAGCACCACGGGUGUGACUGAAUUAGCGGAAAUUGAUUGGGACAAGAUUGAUUUUGGGCUUAAACCAACGGAUUACAUGUACGCCAUGAAAUGUAGCCGUGAUGGUGAAUUCUCUCAAGGUCAAUUGCAACCUUUUGGCAACAUUGAAAUUAACCCAUCAGCUGCUGUACUCAACUAUGGACAAGGUUUGUUUGAAGGUCUAAAAGCUUACAGAAAACAAGAUGGUAAUAUUCUACUCUUCCGUCCUGAGGAGAAUGCGAUCCGAAUGAUUAAUGGCGCUGAAAGAAUGUGCAUGCCUUCUCCAACCGUCGACCAGUUUGUUGAAGCUGUGAAAACUACUGUAUUAGCAAACAAACGCUGGAUUCCACCUCCAGGUAAAGGAUCAUUAUACAUAAGGCCAUUGCUUAUGGGUACUGGAGCUGUUCUUGGUCUUGCUCCUGCUCCUGAAUACACUUUCCUCAUCUUUGUUUCACCCGUCGGGAACUACUUCAAGGAAGGUGUUGCGCCGAUCAACUUAAUUGUUGAAACUGAAUUCCAUCGUGCAACUCCCGGCGGUACUGGAGGUGUUAAAACCAUCGGUAAUUAUGCUGCAGUCUUGAAGGCACAGUCAAUUGCGAAGGCUAAAGGGUAUUCUGAUGUUUUAUACCUUGAUUGCCUUCACAAAAGAUAUCUCGAGGAGGUUUCAUCGUGUAAUAUUUUCAUUGUGAAGGAUAAUGUGAUAUCUACUCCUGAAAUUAAAGGAACCAUCUUGCCUGGAAUUACCCGGAAGAGUAUAAUCGAAGUGGCUCGAAGCCAAGGUUUCAAGGUGGAGAAACGAAAUGUGACCGUUGAUGAAUUGGUAGAAGCGGACGAGGUUUUCUGCACAGGAACCGCCGUUGUUUUAUCUCCGGUUGGAAGCAUUACUUACAAAAGCCAAAGGUUUUCUUAUGGAGAAGAUGGCUUUGGAACAGUCUCGAAACAACUCUACACUUCCUUGACGAGCGUGCAAAUGGGUCUGAGCGAAGAUAACAUGAACUGGACUGUUCAAUUGAGUUAAAAUCAGUCAAGAACAUAUUAUACAUAUGGAUUUAUGAGUAGAUACAGAAGAUAUUAGAAUUGCAUGCUUCUGAAUUCUGAUGCUUCAAGAUUCUGAUACUUGAAACUAUAAACAAUAAUCUUCGUC